UUAUUCUUUAAUGGAAUUCGACACCUUUGUUCGCCAUAAACUUCCAGUCGUUGGAAUUAUUGGAAAUGAUGCCUGUUGGACUCAAAUUGCUAGAGAACAAGUGCCGCACUUUAAAUCAGCUGUUGCUUGCGAUUUGGACUAUACUCAUUAUGAAGAAGCGGCAAAAGCAUUAGGCACUCAAUCAUUGUUUUUGGACGGUGAUAUGGACGUCAAGCAAGUACGCGAAGCGUUGGCUCAGGUAAUGGCUAGAAGUAGAGCAGAAAAACAAUCUCUGGUUGUGAAUGUACUUAUUGGAAAGACAAAUUUCCGUGAAGGGUCAAUUAGUGUUUAA